CAAUCAUCAAACAAUAGUCAAGGAGCCUGUCCUUGCUCAGACCAAGUUUCCCUACUUCAUUUCCUAGCACGACACCUGCAACGACUGCAGUUCCCGACGAACCAAGACCCCGACUAAGAGGGAUGGGGUUUACAAUGUGAACUCGCGUCUCGACGGGGAAUGCUCUCUGAUCAUGACACCUAAGUACGUACAAAGCUACACGGGUGAUCAAGUUGACCUCCGGGUCCAGACUGAUCUUCUCGGUGCUAUUGCUCUGGUCGUCAUAUGUGAUGAGACAGUUGAGUGGGUGCUCCGACGCAGAUUUGGAAGAGUCCACAGUCACCUGUAGCUCAAGAAAGAGGGACAGCGCCAGGCCGAUGACAUCGAAUCCAGGGCCAAUGUUUGCAGACGAACAAGGAGUCCGAAUGGUAAAUGAUGUCGAGGACAUUGCGGGGAAAUCGAUCAAUCGAGGAUGAAGUGACAGAUGAGGAGCCAAUUGGUAUACCAAUGGCUGGAAACUGUUCCUGCAGUGAACUGCCUGUCUACUUAUCUGUUUCAAGUACUUUGAAGUAAUUGUUUCGUUUUAUCUUGCCCUCGAGUGGAGGAGUAUCUGAUAUCGAGGCGGCGAGCUAUGACUACUCCGUACUUCAAGUGGACUUGGCACACCGAAACGCUUGAAAAAAAAAUUGGGGACAUGCCGACUUCGGGGCUCCAGGCAUGUCGCACAGCGAGCUUCUUGGGCCACAAAGUCAACCUUGAGUGCGUCGGAAGGACUCCCAAUCAUGGCGAGAAUAAAUCAGCUUUUGCUCAUCGCGGUCCGGACGAAAAGCUAAAAUGUCACACGCGAGACGGAAUUCUCCGUGCAGCGGGUGCAGGAGUCUGGAGAUUUCCUGUUGGUGCCUCCUAAAUCCGCUGUGGAUUUCGAAGUUCAGGAGACGAGUCUCAACAGAAGAUAAUUAUAGAUGACUCAAAUUAGUAAAUAUCCCUCAGAGAAAUGAAUGAAUGAGAUUCUUUCUUCCUGCCAGGCCAACAAAUCGCAGCCAUUAUUAUUCAUUCGGUCGCCUCGAAGCCUUGAACUGACUUUGAGACUAGCUCCAGACUCUCUUAUCCCUCUCAGCGGAAAUCUCUGUCCGCCCCUCUUUUCUGACACUCUUGCGUCUCGCAUAAAUCUUCUUUUUAUGCUCGUUAAGAAGAGAUUGAUCCUUCAAGUCUCCUUUAUUUUCUUGUCCCUCUCGAAACUGAACUCUCCUCGAGUUAUCUGGAGUUUGAUAGCUGUUUUCGGCUGUGGCAAAUCGCUUUGUCCGUCAGACGACUAGCUGAAUCCUCAGGCAUCAUACCCUCGGUGCUUUUCAAGGUUUUCCUCCGCCGACCUUGAUUAUUUUUUUUUCGAGUUGACAGCUCGACAUUCUCCCUUCCACCUUAUAUCGACUCUACCGGCCUUAUCUGACGGACAUCUGACUGGUUGAUUAUUGCUCGUUCUCCGGUCAAUUCGAUCAAGCAGCUACGCAUCUAAGUCAAACGAGAGGUUCUGCGGUGGACUGAUCGCAGCACUCGCUUUGAGCUCCCCCUUUCCCUUUUGCAACCACGGAGCGACAACGCUCCUUUUCACCUUACUCAGUCAAGUUGGCGGGGCUUCGCUACUCUCAGACCUCUUUCUUGCACCCUCUCCUGGGCCCCAAGUUCAGGGUCUUCUGCGGGGGAGACACCAGACCCCCCUAACUAGGCUUUCGGCAAUACUUUAAUCUGGCACACGAACGCGCAUCGGUUAUGCCAGACCCUUGCGAGGGGUCUGGCUGAUGGAUGGAGGAGCAACUAUUCCGGGACUAGUUCACCCAUCUUUAUUCCCUUGGUGAUUGGAUACGACACGACUACUGUCGAUUCUCAGCGACGAUAUCGAUCAGCAUAUUCUGACUCUUCGAGCAAAGCGGCAGCAGCAGCUUCUAUCAAUUUAAAAAAUUGAACGGCUAACUACCUGAAAAUGACCGAAUCACCUAGAUCCGAGAGAUACAUGGAUCUGACCCGAUUCAGUACCCCGGUACCUGAACUGGACGACCAUCGGUUUCAUCUAGAUAACACGCCUCGAAUUGAAGCAACCGCGGAUAUGGCAUUGAGCCGCCAGAAUACCGCGCAACAAGGAAUCGUCGAGGUGCCGCAGCGACCUGACCUUUUGCAAAUUCAGGAUGUCUACAGAGAUUCUGGCCCGUUCUCACGGGAUUUUGAACAAGCGAUAAUGGACGAUGAUCGAUCUGCAAACGAUCUGAAUGCUAUAGGACGUCGGUUCUCGGUUGAGCCCACUGGAAAUGUUCGCCAUGGCCGGACAUACAGCCGAACGCAUCAGGAUAUGGGAAACAGAUCACGAGAAUCUUCUGUCUCAGCAAGGUCAUCCUCACCACCGAACUCGGUCGAUGCCUUUGCGGAUCCUCGUCGCCGAGAGCGCGCAAAUACCUUGGAAAGCCACGCAGCCCCCGAUCUUGAGGCCAUUCUUCAGCGGACAGUCUCUGGCGGCACUCGACGGCCAACUUUCAGCAAUGCCAGUGUUAUUCGACCCCAGCCAGGGGACAUACAAUUGGACUCUACGGAAGACACAUGUGUUCCGCCAUUUGACGAGCCUGGAAGGAUCCCGGUUAUUGACUACGAGGAAUUGGAGGAAUUUGUUGCUCUAAACCAGAAGAUGAAGCCCUCAAUCAGCCGCCGCAAGCAUAGCGUGAGCUCCCAGGGCAGAUAUUCACACGUCUUCCACGACCUUCGCCCUGGUGCUCACAAACCGUCUGAAGUUGACGAGAAGCACUCGAGCCCUGAACGUUCAUCCGGGGAGCUGAUGCCGCCUAUGUUCGACGAGAAGAUCUUUGAUAACGCGAACGAGAGGCAUCUGCUUGACAACUUGAAGAACGAGAAUGAACCGACCCGCUUUGGUUUCUUCUCAUCGGAGUCUCAAAGUACUGUGCACGCGGCAGAGCUUGGCGAUCUUGUCCUACCUGGAGACACUUUCAGAGACCUUUUCCAGUUAGGUCCAGAGGGCGGAGUCUGGUGGCUAGAUGUUCUCAACCCGAGUGAGGCAGAAGUUAGCGCUCUCUCACGAGCGUUCUCUAUUCACCCUCUGACAACGGAAGAUAUCUUGACGCAGGAAUCACGAGAGAAAGUCGAGCUGUUCAAGCAGUACUAUUUUGUCUGUUUCCGGACAUUUUACCAGGUUGACAAGACCAGCGAGCGAUUCAUGGAGCCAGUAAACUUUUACAUGGUUGUCUUCCGUGACGGUGUCAUCUCGUUCUCUUUCACUGAGAACCCUCAUGCCGCUAACGUCCGGCGGAGAAUCGGAAAGCUCCGCGACUACGUGUCGCUUAGUAGUGAUUGGAUUUGUUACGCUAUGAUCGACGACAUUGUGGAUAGCUUUGGCCCUGCAAUUCGGGAAAUUGAGGUCGAAACCGAGGCAAUUGAAGAUCUUGUGUUCAUCGCGCGUAUGGAGGAUUUCGAGUCAUUUCUACCACGGAUUGGAAAUCUACGGAAGAAGGUUAUGAGCUUGAUGCGUCUCCUGGGGGGGAAGGCUGAUGUCAUUCGGGGUUUCUCAAAACGGUGCAAUGAACAAUACUCGGUGACGCCCCGUGGUGAUAUUGGACUAUACUUGGGAGAUAUUCAAGAUCACGUCGUCACCAUGAUGUCCAAUCUGGCACAUUUUGAGAAGAUGCUCAGCCGCUCGCACACUAACUAUCUUGCUCAGUUGAAUGUCACGAACCUGGUCCUCGGAAACCACGCCAAUAAGGUUCUGAGCAAAGUGACCCUCAUCGCUACGAUACUCGUGCCCAUGAACCUCAUCUGUGGUCUGUUUGGUAUGAACGUACAUGUACCCGGACAAGAUGUACCUGGCUAUGGAUGGUUCUUUGGUAUUGUCGGAGUUUUGGCUGCUGUUGUUGUGAUCAGUGGACUGGCCGCCCGGUUUUAUAAGCUUGUGUAGGGCAAGAUUGGCAGGAUAUCUCUGGGUUGGAUUCUUGGUUUAUACUUCUAUUUCCUGUGUCUAUAUUUUGUCUUAAGUGUUUAGCUACAUUCAAUCAUCAUUAUUACAAUCACCUACCAUGCCUCAGCCCUAAAUGAUCGUAAAUUACAUACUCAUGGGCGAUCUAAAAUCGGGAGAUGCCAAGCUGUGGCGGUGCACUGGCGAGAUGCAGGCAGAAGAGAAAUCCAUCCUGAGAGGGAAACAUCAC